AUGUUUAGGUACCUGGUAGCUUUUGCAUCCUCGGCUGGUAGCCCGAAUGUUGGUGCCAUUAGUAAGAGGCGUCGUCGUGUUCGAUCUUCCACCUCCAGUCCUCACUACUGGCAAAAUAGUAGCGACAUUCAAGUCUUCUGUCGCAAUGAAACCCAAGCACCUAUCUUUACCGAGGGCGAUGAAGACCUCGGUGGGCCCGGCAUCGUGAUAUACAAUUUUGAUCCUCAUGGCCAUGGAGACGUAAAUGGCGCCAUGUACUUCGUAUACGAGAGUAAUCACGACUUUGUCCCUUACAAAUAUCUAAUCAUCCCGCCCUGGUCGAGCGUGUUCCUGUCUGUAUGCCCAACUUUUCGUGGGCGGAUUGUGCGGGGCAGCCCCUUCAAUCUCGACGGGCGGAAGCACCUGUUAGGUACAUGGGCAGAAGUAAACUGGCAUGCUAAUGAGACGUGGUCAGCAUGGGGCGAUAUUUCCAUACUGCAAGGCAACGACGGUGCGGCGACCAUCGAGUCGCUCGACGGGCUCUUCAAAUUCAGGGGAUUCAUGCUUGAUCUCUUAUCUUACGCCCCGGCCGAUGCGUGGGCGCAGAAGGCGACGGGCUCGUGGUGUCUCGACAAAAUCAUUGGCGAGGACGCGAAUAAUGUGACAAUGGAGUGGGAAAGGCAGUUUAUAGAUCCAUGGAAUGUAUAUCUGCGCGACGAUAUCGACCCCGUCAUCAAUUCGAACAAUGGCAGAUUCCAAGUCACAUUCUACGAGGGUAUAUUCUAGAUGUCUCAUAGUCAGCCGAGUUUUUAGACUCAAAUAAAAGUUGGGAGUUGCGGAUCCUAAAGAUAAAUAGCUAGAUCACAUAAAAUACGACGUAUAGAUGUCUUUUAAGUCGUUGGAAUUUGUCGAUAUUAUGGUCGUAUGAUAAUUUAUUCUUAG